AUGUCUCGAUUCGACUGGACGCCCCUGCUGGCCGCCGUGGGCAUCCUGCGAUACCACAAGCUGGACGUGUGCGUGGGCGGAGAGGCUGCCUUUGCCUACUACAACGCUCUCUUCCUCGACUACGACGCUGGUGAUGGCCCCGUGUUUGAGAUCAUCGUGCCGGAUGAUUCCUACGCCGCGGCCCCCGGCCUCCUCUGCUCGACGGGCCUCUUCACGCCCAUCGACGCCCCCGACUCGACCGACUUUGACGGCGGCUGGCGCAGCAGCAACAACUUCCCGCACCUCGCGACCACGGGGUGGAACACGUCGCCCAGCCCCGUCGCCAUCGUGCCCGACGUCCGCGUCGCCAUAUACCUCGACCGCCGGAUCUGCUCCUUGGUCAACCUCGCCGACUGCAUCAGCGACUUCGGCCACAGCCCGGACCUCGAGGGGCUCGACCGCGACGAGAUCCGCUUCCUGCCGUGGCCGCGCCUGCCCGCGCUCGUCAGGUCGCUGCCCUGGCGCAUGGGCCACGCGGUUUGCGACGACGAGGCUAACCGCACCGCCGGCGGCGACGACGACGACGAGGGUGAAAAUGGUGUCUCGGAGCUGGACAGGAAGAAGGCAAAGGAGAGUCUCUGCGACGCCAUUGCGGAUCUCGUCGACGGCAUGGACAUCUCGACCGGGUGGGCGUGGACGUACCUCGGCGUCCAGAACAGGGAGCUGUGCGAGCUGGUCAGGAAGAUCAUCGCCGGCAAGAAGCAGCGCAUCUGGGACGCCGAGUUGGACCACGACGUUACGCGCGGCAUCCGCGACCGGCUGCAGCUCGACACCAUUCGCUCGAUUCCCGGCCGUAACUGA